AGAUGGAAGGUAACAGAUUCUACAAAUCAUGUCAAUUAUCUUUUUCCCUUUUUACCUUCUAAUUAAAGGAAUACAACUCCCUAUAUAGAGUUGUAUUGAAGUGGGGUUUUCAGUUAUUUUUUAUUUUAAAUCUUGUAUUUAUUCAGCUUAAACUUGUUAUUUCCUAGUUUCUUUUCCCUUUCAGCACUGAUCUUUUCUUGAAAAUAUGGUUUCUUUUUUCUGUACAAUUCUUGUUUUCGUCUUCAUGGGGUUAGUUGAACUAGGAAAUGCAAGAUUUCAUAGUGAUUAUCAGUGGAAACAGCAAAAUUUGAACUAUCCAACAGUGUAUGUCGAUUCAUCUGGACAUGGACAUUUCUUAACUAUUCAAUCUGCCAUUGAUUCUGUGCCUCAGAAUAACCAGAAUUGGAUUUGUAUUAUCAUCAAAGCUGGACAGUAUAGAGAACAAGUGAAAAUUCCUAGAGAGAAGCCAUAUAUUUAUCUCAAAGGAGAAGAAAGUGGAAAAACAAGUAUAACUUGGGAUGCUCAUGAGUCAAUUGCUACAGAUGCUACUUUUACUUCUGAGGCUGACAAUACAAUUGUGGAAAGUAUAACCAUCAUAAAUUCUUACAAUUAUCCUCCGAAAAGCAACAAUAAUCCGAGGGUGGUGGCCGUGGCAGCCAUGAUUUCCGGUGACAAAUCAGUUUUUUAUAAGUGUAAAUUUCUUGGAUUACAAGACACAUUAUGGGAUGUUCAAGGAAGACAUUAUUUCAAGCUUUGCACCAUUGAAGGAGCUGUUGAUUUCAUCUUUGGUAAUGGCCAAUCUAUU